GAUCUCCAACACGAGUCGUCUAAAAAUCCGGGAAAAGAAACCGAAAAUAGAAACCAAGCAAAAAGGUUGGCGGAAAAGUCUCCCACCUUUACGCGGCGACGGCGGUGGCGACGACGACGGCGAGGUAGGUUACCGCGGCUCCGAUGUCUCUCCCUCCGACAGACGGCGGCGACGAUUGGUUCCUCGACUGCGGCAUCCUCGAGGACCUCCCGGCCGCUGCCUGCGGCGCUUUCCCGUGGGACGCCUCCGUCUCCUCGUCCAAUCCAAGCGCAGAAGUAGGCAGCUAUGUUAACAAUUCAGAUGUCCCCAAGGAUUCCAGCAGCAAUAAACGCUUAAGGUCAGGGCCCUGUGGUAGGCCAACAUCUAAGGCUUGUAGGGAAAAAGUGAGAAGAGACAAGCUGAAUGACAGGUUCCUUGAAUUGGGUACUACAUUGGAUCCUGGUAAGCCAGUAAAAGCUGACAAAGCUGCUAUCCUAAGUGAUGCGACUCGCAUGGUUACUCAGCUUCGUGCUGAAGCGAAGCAGCUAAAGGAUACCAAUGGAAGUCUAGAAGACAAGAUUAAAGAGUUGAAGGCAGAGAAGGAUGAACUUCGUGACGAGAAGCAGAAGCUGAAAUUAGAGAAAGAGACAUUAGAGCACCAGAUGAAACUAUUGACUGCAACUCCAGCCUAUAUGCCUCAUCCUACCAUGAUGCACUCCCCAUUUGCUCAGGCGCCAAUGGCUCCCUUCCAUGCACAGGGGCACGCUUCAGCACAGAAACUGAUGAUGCCCUUUGUUGGUUACCCGGGAUAUCCGAUGUGGCAGUUGAUGCCGCCCUCCGAAGUCGACACCUCAAAGGACAGCGAAGCUUGCCCGCCUGUUGCGUGAUGCUUGGACCGUUUAAAUCACAUGAACUCAUGGUAACCUUAAACAGCGUAGUUGUUUGAUCCAUUGGUUGCGCAUAGUCUCUCUGAUUCAGAUUAACUAUUGUUGUCAUGCGGUAGUUUUUGUUGAUGAGGAGAAUGCUGGCCUUUGUGCGCUCUAUAGAGCUACUACCCUUCGUCCACUGUAUAAUACAUUUUUUCUGGAGAAAGAAAGAAUGCUCGUUCUUGUUC